UAAAAAGUUUAAAAAAAAAAAAAAAUAGUUAGAGUUCUGCUAAUUGGAUAUGGACUUGGCUGGCAAAAAUGUGGUUUACCUCGGCGGUUUCGGCGGCAUAGGCCAAAGAAGCGUGCCGGAGCUACUGGAGCGCCAAGUAAAGACGCUGGCCAUUUUCGAUUUGAAUGAGAAUUUAAGCCUGCUGGGCGGCUGGCAAGCCACUUAUAAAAAUGUCAACAUCUUCUACCAAAAAAUGGACAUAACCAAAAAGACGGAGAUAGAGGCGGCUUAUAAAUCGACUAUUCAACGUGUUGGCCACAUCGAUUUGGUUGUUAAUGGCUGCGGACUAAUGAACGAUCGGUCGCCUGAGUUAUGCAUCCAAAUUAAUUUGAUGGGCGUAAUUAACAGCAGCUUGAUAGCGCUGGAGCACAUGGAUAAGGCGCAGGGCGGCAAGGGAGGCCUAAUUGUGAACUUCUCCUCGGUGGCGGGGCUUCAGCCAACACCUAUGGUAGCCAUCUAUUCGACUGCCAAAUCAGGUGUAACCACAUUUACGCGUGCAUUAGGGAAUCCCUUCUACUAUGCACACAGUGGAGUGGGUUUUAUCACCGUUUGCCCGGGCUUCACAGACACGCCUCUGCUGGAUGAUAUUGCCAAUAAGACCACGUUCCUUUACUCGACACCCAUGAAUGAUGCGUAUGCAAAGGCUAAAAAGCAGAGUCCCGAGGAGUGUGCUCGUAAUUUAAUAAGGGUCAUUGAACAGGGGAAGAAUGGUGAGGUUUGGAUACUUGACCUUGGCGAAAUGAAACAGGCGAACUUUUCGGAAUUAUGGCAUCCUGUAUUGGAGGAUUAGUAAAUGAUCAACUGGAUCUGAAUCUGAGUUGUGCAAUAUAUGAACAUAACUAUGUACUUAUAUAAUUUUUUGUUCAAUAAAUAUCAAAGUCGUUGUUGCAAAUCAAGUUAAACAAAAAUUA